CACAAAUAAAUACUUCCCCCACAAACAGCCAGCCAUAAGACGAGCAUUAUUAUAACAGACUUUUUUUUCUUUCUGAAAUCGUUAUUAUUUUCUCAGGCUGUUUCUUUCUGGAAUCUUCUUAUCCACCUUCAAAAUCCCAAUCUCCAUUUCCAGGCAUUCUUUGAUCACAUUUAUAUAUUCAAUUAACCCUUCAAUUGCCAUCAACUCUAAGGGAAGAAAGGCAUUUUCUACAAAUGGAUGCAAAGUUUGGCAAUAGAAUGGAGAGUAAUAAAGGCACCCAUCAAGGGAUGAAGGACGUGGCGUGGCCUCUGGACGAAAUAGACCCAAAGAACGCCAAGUUCCCUUGCUGUUUGGUUUGGACACCGCUGCCGGUAGUGUCAUGGUUGGCUCCUUUCAUUGGCCAUGUUGGGCUGUGCCGGGAGGAUGGCGCCGUGAUUGACUUCACAGGUUCUGGCUUUGUCAAUGUCACUGAUUUUGCCUAUGGUGCUGUGGCCAAGUACCUCCAACUUGACCCGGAGCAGUGUUGUUUCCCCCCGAACCUCGCCGGCCAUUCGUGCGCGCACCGGUACCGGCACGCAGAGUUGGGGACGGCGAUCAGCUGGGACGACGCGAUCCACUUGGGAAUGCGCCACUUUGAGCACAAAUCCUACAACCUCUUCACCUGCAACAGCCACUCCUUCAUAGCCAACUGCCUGAACAGGAUGUGCUACAAGGGCUCCAUGAGCUGGAACAUGGUCAGCGUCGCGGCCCUCGUUCUGGCCAAGGGCCGUUGGGUCGGCCCGUUUUCGGUCGUGAGGUCGUUUUUCCCCUUCGUGUUUGUGGUCUGUUUGGGCAUUUUCAUGGUCGGGUGGCCCUUUUUCGCCGCGCUGUUCUCCUUCUCGUUUCUCCUUCUUGGAUGGUUUGUUUUGGGGACUUACUUUGUCAAAAGCAUCUUGGAACACUAACACAUUUUGUCUCUCUUUUCUCGUAUAAUCAUCUCUUAUGUUUUUCUUUGGAUGAGAAUGUUUCAUUAAUUACUCUGAAAUGUAUAGUAUAGUUUCCACUAUAUAUCGUGUCCAAAACAAAUAUACACAUGUGAAAUAUUGAAAAUUCAUAAGAACUUGCAACAUAAGUGGGAGUCAUUUCAAAACAAACUAUGAAGCUUACUUAACUUGGGU